AUCGAUUCACCUCGGUCAGCGGCUGGAGGUGCCUGCGCCCGCCGGACGCGGAGGCACUGCCGGGAGCGGACCUGCCCCAGGUGCCGGAUACGAAACGCGGCGGCGGCGGCCGAUAAAAGCAACUCAGUUUUCAGUAACUGAGUAGACAUCAUGUCUCCAGCACGGCAGCCCCCACUUGUAACCGGCAUCUCUCCCAAUGAAGGCAUCUCAUGGACAAAAGUGACGAUCAGAGGAGAAAAUCUGGGGACUGGGCCUACAGACCUCAUAGGUUUAACAAUCUGCGGGCACAAUUGUCUGCUGACUGCUGAAUGGAUGUCUGCCAGCAAAAUCGUGUGUCGAGUUGGACAGGCUAAAAAUGACAAGGGAGACAUUAUUGUUACUACAAAGUCUGGUGGCAAAGGCACCUCAACAGUUUCCUUCAAACUGCUUAAACCUGAAAAAAUAGGUAUCUUGGAUCAGUCUGCUGUCUGGGUGGAUGAAAUGAACUAUUAUGACAUGCGCACUGAUAGGAACAAAGGGAUUCCCCCCUUGUCCCUACGUCCAGCUAAUCCGCUUGGUAUUGAGAUAGACAAAGGCAGAUUUCCUCAAAAAGAUUUAGAGGCACUGUUUCCUGGGAUGAGUGCUGAUUUCACUAGUGAAAACUUUUCUGCUGCCUGGUACCUGAUUGAGAAUCAUUCAACAACAAGUUUUGAUCAGCUCAAAACGGCAGUUGUGAAUUUGAAGAAACAAGCCAAUAAGAAAAACGAGGGGAGUCUAGCUUAUGUGAAAGGAGGUCUCAGCACAUUUUUUGAAGCACAAGAUGCUCUGUCAGCAAUCCAUCAAAAACUGGAAGCGGAUGGAACGGAAAAAGUAGAAGGAUCCAUGACGCAAAAACUGGAGAAUGUACUGAACAGAGCCAGUAACACAGCAGAUACCUUAUUCCAGGAAGUGCUGGGUCGCAAGGACAAAGCCGAUUCAACGAGAAAUGCACUUAAUGUUCUUCAGCGUUUUAAAUUUCUUUUCAACCUUCCCUUGAAUAUUGAAAGAAAUAUCCAGAAGGGCGAUUAUGAUGUGGUUAUUAAUGACUAUGAAAAAGCCAAAUCACUCUUUGGAAAGACAGAGGUUCAAGUAUUCAAAAAAUAUUAUGCUGAAGUUGAAACCAGAAUUGAAGCUUUAAGAGAACUUCUGUUGGAUAAACUGCUUGAAACUCCAUCAACAUUGCAUGAUCAGAAACGUUAUAUAAGAUAUCUUUCUGAUCUUCAUGCGCCUGGGGACCCUGCUUGGCAGUGCAUUGGUGCUCAACAUCAGUGGAUUCUGCAGCUCAUGCACAACUGUAAGGAGAGCUAUGUUAAAGAACAAAAAGGCAACUCAUUGCUCCACAGCCCCAUGUUAGACCUGGACAGUGAUGUGCGUCCGUCACCAAUUGGCCAUCUCAGUCAAACUGCUUCAUUGAAAAGGGGCAGCAGCUUUCAGUCUGGCCGUGAUGAUGCUUGGCGAUACAAAGCUCCUCAGCAAGUUGUAUUUGUUGAAAAGUUGACAAAACUUGUUGUAAGUCAGCUGCCCAACUUCUGGAAGCUCUGGAUUUCUUAUGUGAAUGGAAGUUUAUUCAGUGAGACUGCUGAAAAAUCUGGCCAAAUGGAAAGAUCAAAGAAAAACGCUAGGCAAAGACAAAAUGAUUUCAAGAAAAUGAUUCAGGAAGUGAUGCACUCUCUGGUAAAACUUAUCCGUGGAGCUUUGCUUCCAUUCAGCCUCAGAGAAGGAGAAUCAAGACAGUAUGGUGGCUGGGAGAUGAAAUCUGAACUUUCUGGCCAGUGGCUAACACAUGUUAUCCAGACUGUAAGGCUUAGUUCUGAGUCUCUUACUGCACUCGAGAUACCCAAUGAUAUGCUUCAAAUCAUCCAGGAUCUUAUUUUGGACCUUCGUGUACGUUGCAUUAUAGUGACCUUACAACACACAGCUGAAGAUAUAAAGAGGUUAGCUGAAAAGGAGGACUGGGUUGUUGACAAUGAAGGUUUGACAUCAUUGCCAUCACAGUUUGAACAGUGCAUUAUCCAUUCCUUGCAAUCUCUUAAAACUGUGCUGGACUGCAAACCUGGAGAGGCCAGCGUUUUCCAGCAGCAGAAAACACAGGAGGAUGUGUGCCAGCUAAGCAUUGGGAUCAUGCAGGUCUUUAUAGACUGUUUGGAACAACUGAGCACCAAACCUGAUGGUGACAUAGAUACAGCACAUCUUUCAGUUGAUGUUUCGUCUCCGGAUUUGUUUGGAAGCAUUCAUGAAGACUCAAGUCUUUCUUCAGAACAGAGGCUUUUAAUUGCACUCAGCAACUGCCGUUAUCUGGAACGUCAUACCUUCCUAAAUAUAGCUGAACAUUUUGAGAAACAUGGCUUUCAAGGAGUUGAAAAAAUAACUCAAGUUAGUAUGGAAUGCUUGAAAGAGCUGGAUCAAAGACUGUUUGAAAUGUACAUUGAAUUCAAGGCAGAUCCGAUAGUUGGGUCCUUAGAACCUGGCAUUUAUGCAGGAUAUUUUGAUUGGAAAGAUUGUCUUGUUCCAGCAGGUGUCAGAAACUAUUUGAAAGAAGCAUUAGUGAAUAUUAUUGCUGUGCAUGCAGAGGUGUUUACCAUUUCCAAAGACUUAGUUCCUCGGGUAAUGUCAAGGGUUGUCGAAGCAGUCUCUGAAGAACUGAGUCGACUGAUGCAGUGCGUUUCAUCCUUCAGCAAAAAUGGAGCUUUACAGGCAAGACUUGAAAUCUGUGCGUUGAGAGAUACCGUGGCCAUAUACCUAACACCUGAAAGCAACUCGAGCUUUAAGCAAGCUUUGGAAGCCCUGCCCCAGCUUUCAAGUGGAACUGACAAAAAGUUACUAGAAGAGUUACUAAAUAAAUUUAAAAGCAGCAUGCACUUGCAGCUGACCUGUUUUCAAGCUUCUUCAUCAGCAAUGAUGAAAACAUAGACAACGACACAAUGCAGGCAGCUCGAAAGACAAAUGUGAUUAAACGUCACCCAUUUUUUCUGUACUUCUUCAAUUCUUUUUAAGACUGAAACAAACAAACGGAAUUUAACUGAAAAAGAAAUUACGAGAUACAACUCGACGUAAUGGUGUGGGGUAUCCUGCUGAGUGAGACUUCUGGUCAUAAAUACCGUGAUAAAAUGGUUUUCUGUCUACUGUAUUUCAUUCUGUGGAGGGGAUUAAGCCAAUUUGGUUUACGUACACUCUUCUUGGCUGUAUGUUCAUGAAGAAGUAUUCAUUGGUGUACUGCAAUCUCAGUUUCAUUUGUUAAAAAUACAUUGAAAUGUAUUUUUAGCAAAUGUCACCUUAAAUUUGGGUAUUACGCAUGUUGUUCAGUGUAUCGAUGUUACUUUCUAGAUGUAGAGUGAUACUGAUGUAAGUGACUGGAAGACUCAACUUCUAUAAACUAUUGAGAAGUAUGUAAUAAACAUUACGGCACAGCUGACUAUUAAGUGUUCAGAUACAAUAUGGAGAAGGACACUGCUUCUUUUGCAUUUAAAAAUUAUCACUCUUUUUCUAUUUUCAUCCACAGUUUUAAUGGUUGUAAGUCUGAUUUCUUGUGAGGCUUUUUCUUUCUUGCUUCUUCUGUAAUUAAAUGUGUUCCUGCCUCUUUUGUUUCUCCCUUCUAUUGGAAUAUUGGUGGUGAUAACUUUCACAUUUGAAAUAAGCUCUAUCCUUUCAUUGGCAAUUAACAGAAAAGCGCUACAAGUUUGUAAGAGUAGUAGAAGCUUUUUUAAAAAAAUGCUCAAGUAAAAUAUUCUUUGGCGUUAAGGAGCAGGAUAGUUAAUCGCCUUUCGCAUAGUCAGAAGUAAAGAGCACAAUGUGUCGCUGGUUUUGCUGCUUCCUUCGUACUCCUUUUGUCUCUUCUUGCUCCUACAGGCUUACUACCACUGUCUUCCUCUUCCCUCUUGUUAGUUGAUCCUCUUUUCACCACUAGUUAUUGAAUUUGUCUGGAGGGCGAUAGGGGUUAAGAAGGAAAGAACAGUUUUGCAGCCGUUAAGAUGUAGUUACACAAAAGUCAGCAACCAUGUUCCCAACAGGGAAGAUUUGGCACUGACUUUCAUUUUGGGACUUGAUAGAAGAUACAGGAAGUUAUAACGGAGAGCAACUAAUAGAAAGAAAGUGGUCUUGUUUUGGGGGGUGAGGGGUGGGUUUAAUUUUAUAACUGAAGUCAUGACUUGCAAGUAAAUCAUGGAGUAAUAAUGUAUUCUUUCUGUAUUUACAGUCAUUUGGAGUGGGACUUUUCAGAAACAGUGCACUGAAUUCUCAAACAAUUUUUUAAUGCCAACUCUUUUGCCAGUUCAGUUACGUGCUUUAAAAAUACCGUGUACAGUUCCUGUAAGAUGAAAUAAUGAAGAAACAGUUUGAUGCACGCGUAUUUACUCGUAAAAAAAAAAAAAAAAAAAAAAUGUGUCUAAGUAGUUAAUAGCAUGUUGAAUGGAAGUUUGAAACUUCAAAUAUAUGUCAUUAUUGGCUUUCAGGGAGAAUUGUUAAACACCUGGAGCAAUGUUGUUUUGUUAAAUGUUGUCCAUUCUAAGCUGGUUAUAGUCUCAGCUGCUGAUGUUACCUGAAAUACUCAUCCAGUUAGCUCAAUCUGUAACAGAUUUUGCUUCAGAAUCAUAAAACAUUAAUAAAUAUGGUCAUAUUUAUUGGCUCUUCUUGAA